AAAAGAAAAAAAAAAAAACGGAAUUUAUUAUUUAAAACGUUGCACUUUUGUAACCUUUUCUACUGCCGGUUACUCGCAAGUCGUAACGUAGCUCGUAGAUACAUAAUAUUGUCGUCGCCGUGGUUGUCGUCGUAGCAGUCGCAGUCGUAGUCGUAGUCGUCGAGUUGUCGUUGGUUUUUGUUUGCAAAUAAAUAAAGUAUCUGUAUCAAGUACAAAAGUGUCACUUUACAACCCUAUCCGGCAGCAAGUUCUACCAGUAUACGAUACACUUACCGUAAGGAAAGCCCUAUAGCAACAAGUUGUACGUUCAGCGUACAGUGAAGCCAGGCCAGGCCAUUGGCUUUAUAUGAACCCCGGACUAACUGGCUUGUCGCAUCUCAACAGAUGAGAUCUCACUUCUGAAUUAUGUAACCAGAACACCUCAACACCAAACCACGAACAUCCCCAACUGUAUUCUUCUAAUCAACAAUCUUAUAGAGCCAAUUCAUUGAACAUAAUAAAAUAGAAAAAUAUAUAAUAAAAUAAACAAAACAAAUCAAAUAACAACAAAUAAAAUUCAUCAUUUAAUCACACCGUCCGGUCCGGUCCGGUCCGUUCACUUCGUAGUGCGUCGCCGAUAAAAAUGUGUGUCUAAUGUUGGAUGUGCGUUGGUUCGAUUUCUUCUUUGGUCUCAGAUAAGAUUGACACUGCAAAGAGUGUAGGUAGAAUGCGUGAUUGAUUGCCCAAACGAAAUUUUUAAAAUCAAUUCGAAAUAUUUAAAAAUAGUGAACGAUAAAAACGCGCGCUUUGGUAUUUCGUGUCUCGGUUAAAGUUCAAAGUGCGUCUAUCUGCGAAAUAAAAAAUUUAAGCACCGAUUGCUUUGCAAAGCAUUUUUUCUCAGUCUCUCUUCCAUCGAGAUUGGAAUUUAUUUUAGUAUUUUAUUUUUUCUUUCAGUUGCUCAUGAGAUAAAAUUGUGCGUGUUUUAAAGAUUUUUGAGAUACCGAACGGAGUGUAAUUUUGUUUGAAAAUUAAAAAGAGAUAUUUGAUAUAAAAAUAAAGUGAACUUAAUUUCUUAUCCAGCUUUAUUAGCACAACUAUAAAAUGGCCCGACAAAGAAAUCAAGACUUUUGGGCAAUAUGCUGUGUUGUUGUUACAGUGUUGAUGUUUGGGAACUGCAUUUUAGCACAACCUGAUCCACUAAAAUGCGAAGGCGUCAAAUGCCCCCCAAUGUCCGACAUAACUUGCCCCGAAGACACCCAACUUCGGGAAUACAUCGAUGUUUCAUCGACCGAAAUAACCAACGACACAUCCGAGAUCAAUGACGAACUUCUUCAAGAAUGCUGUGUAGCCCGGAAAUGUGCUUGCAAACUAUGUCACAUCCCCUCAUGCGACAAUAGUUCUCUGGUAAUCUACGAAGUUGUUCCAGAAACUCAAAUUCCCGGUCGCUGUUGUGGCGAAUACGAAUGCCGACUCGAGCCAAAUUGUACCGCAUUGCGUGACACAGAUGUCUGGUUGACAGAUUGUCAACGUUGUAAAUGCGUCUAUGGCCAGCGAAUCUGUCAUAAGUCUUGCGAUGAAAGCAUGCCAAAUCCCACAAACGAAUAUUGUAAGUCGAAAACACUCAACCGAUUCUUCUCGAAUGGAGAAACCUGGAAGAGCGGCUGCUAUGAGUGUGAAUGUCAAAACGGCGAGGAGAAAUGUGUGAUGCCAUUCUGCAGGAGUGUCAAUUGUCCACAGGAGCGACAGGUAUAUCUGAAGGGACACUGCUGUCCAAUUUGUUGGCCUGAUGUUGGAGACUUGCCACCUCAAGGUGACGCUGAUUACAAUUUCGACGAAGAAGAAGACUCAACUAUGAUUUCAAGUGAUUUUGAUAAUAUCUCACCAGCAGCCCCUAUUGCUCCAGUUAUUGUUGUUGGCAAGCCUGUAGUCACUUCCACCUCAACUACAAGUUCGUCUACUUCAACAACUACUUCCUCUUCAACACCAUUGCCGUCACCAUCGCCACCACCUUGUGUUAUGAACGAAGAAUCAUCAGCCACUUACGCAGUCUAUCCAGAAGUUGUCGAAGUUGUUCAAGCCCCUAGUGACCACAAUGUUCUCUACAUCAUCAUUGGAUUCGAGACCAUUUUGUUGGUCAUCUUAAGUGGCAUAAUUUAUCAGCUGCGUGCCAGGAAACAUUCCUACAAUACAGUCUCGAACUUCGAUGAUAAUUUUAAUAAUUGUCAAAAAACUUCACUUAAAAUCGAAAAAAUGGGUGAACUUAUUUAAGAAAAAAAACCUUCAGAAGGCGUUUUCAUAGCAAAAACUAAAAAACAGAACACUUAAAACAAAUGCGUGUCUUACCAACAACAGUAUAUAAGUAUUGUGUUAAAUUUAUUUUUAAUAUAAUUUAAUGAAAAUUUAAAAGAAAAAAACUUUUUUUUUUACAUUUUGAGUUUAAAGAUCUCAUAACAAAAAUAAAUAAAAUUCAUAAAUUGUUUUCAUGUUUUUCUUUUUUAAUAAUUUUUCGUCAGUCUCCCUGUCCCCCAUUCUCAAAAACUACAUACAUUAAAAUAGUUAAUAUAAACAAAAAAGUUAUUCAUUUUUACAGUGUUUUAAUUUUGUAUUUAUUUUUUAUUUAAUUAUAUUCAGUUAUUAGCUUCUAAGGAAAAUAAGUUUAAAGAAAACAUUAAACAAUAAAUAAAAAGAUGAAAUACAAUAAAAGAACGAAUUAUAAAACAAAAAAUGUUGACCAGCUAUGUGAUAUUUGAUUUUAAGAGAAAAAAAAAAAAACAAAACAUUGAUUUAUUUUUUACUUAAAUAAAUAAAUUAAUUAAUUUAAUAGUAUUUUUACUAAAACUAUUAAAAUAAAUUAAACAAACAAAAAUUGUUACAUUUGUAUUAGAAAAUAAUCGCACUGGUAAUAGGUAAGUUUAUAUUUCAAAAAUAAUAAUAAAAAUAAAAAUCAUUUUUUAAAUAUAAUAAAAUAAAUAUUGAAAGAAAAAACAACUGUUGGAAUAGUAUUAUACCGAGAAUAAAAUAUUAAAAAUAUGUACUAAAAUUGCUUAUGACAAUGAUAAUAGAUUUUAAGUGAAGUAAAAACUAUAAAUGUAUAUUUUAAGAGGAUGCAUAUUUUAGACUAAAUAAAUUUUAUGUUAAUUUAAAACAAAAA